GAGCAGUGAACACCUAGGCGACAGACACGUACGCACGUGUCGAGAGAAAGCCACCUCCAGCGGCACGCACGCCACGUGCUCCGGCACGUUGCCAAACGUGUCGAGUUGACAGCCGUAUAAGGAUACCGCCGCACUGUUCCGGCGGAUCUUCCAUGCCUUGCCUUCUUUAGCCUCUGCCUCUCCUCGAUCGCGCAAGCCCAAGAAGAGCAGCGCGCAACGAUGCCGGUCAGCCUCGUGACGACGUCGCUGCUGCCUCAGUGCCGGGCCGUCCGCGCCGCGGCGGCGUCGGCCCGCGCCUUGCGUUCGUGCGCGCGCCGACCGCCGCCUUCCUCCGCGGGGCGCGCCGGCGUGCGCUGCCUCGCCGCCACGCCCCCGCCGCCGGAGGUCCCGGGCCAGACGCCGGCCGAGGUGCCUGGCACGAGCCGCCCGCCGGCCGAGGUUCCCGGCACGAACCGCCCGCCGCAGGAGGUGCCGAGCAUCGACACGCCGCCGGAGUUCGAAGCGCCCCCGGGCGUGGACGUGCCGAUGCCAGGCACGCCGGGCCCCGGGCCCGAGCUGCCUGGCCCGGCGAUGCCGUCGCCGCCGGCGCCAGAGAUCCCGACCGUGCCGCCCAACCCCGACGUACCGCCGCCACAACCGCCGCCGGAAGUGGACCCGCCGAGGCCGCCGCCGGAGGUGGACCCGCCGAGGCCGCCGCCCGAGGUUGGGCCGCCGCAGCCUCCUGGCGCCACGACGGUGCUGCCUCCUUUGGUGUGAGCUGCCCCCGCCGACGCGCCGCGGCGUGCUGAUGAGCCUGCUUUCCGGCGGUCCGUUGUCCGGAGCCGUCGCUGUCCCGGUCGGGAUAGCACCAUGGAGUGUACAUAGUAUGAGUAGCUCACGGUGUGUACUGUACAUGUUUGCUUUCAGUUUGAACACGGACCUAGCGAAUUCGAGGAAGGUGUCGGUGGCUCGAUCCCGUAGCCCGUACCCGGUCCGGGCGCUAUUGGGGUAACUAGUUAGUUGCAGAAGCCCCGGCCCCCCUUCCUCUUGUUCUUCCGCCGCCCUCUCGUCCACAGCCAAGUUGAUUAGUUGUAGAAGCCCGGCCCCUCUCAUCAUCUUCCUCCGCCCUCUCGUCCACAGCCCUGCCCGCCCACCCAUCCACCGCCGCGCCACUGCAGCCCUGGCUUUCUUUUUGCCCCUGCCCCCGGCCACCGCGCACCGGGGUCCCGCCCCACCUCGCCUCCGCCGCCGGGCGAACCGCCGCCACCGCCAGACUGCCGCCAUCCCCGACCUCCCCGUUGGCUAUGGAAGCCGCCCCCAACCUGAAAAUUCAAAACUUUAAAACCGUCACAUCGACCACCACCCUGCCGGCCGCUCCCACAUCCAACCCCUCGCCGGCGGCCGCUCCCCCCGGAACCCUAACCUCAGCAACCCUAGCUCGGCGGCGCGGCGAGCGGCAGCAGCAGAAGCUCUAGUGGGCCGCCGGUGGGCCUUCUACGGCUGGUCCGCUUGCGGUAGCGCGCGUGACCCCUAACAUUUCCGCCGUUGCCUGGCGUGAUCGUGACAAUGGCGCGCGACCGCGCGUUGAGCC